CUAGACUCUAUAGCCUAUAUUGCGGUAGUGGGCUUAGUUUUCUCCUUUCUGGAAAAAAUAAGGGAGUGCAGAAUGGUGAUAUUUGAUUGGGAUACCGUCGUUUGGUGGUGGAGGUGUGGCAACAACAAUGAUGACCGCAGUUGACAAUCAUGUCCUGGACAUUGUCGGAGAGUUUAGUCCUGUCAUAGUGGGGAUAGGUGGAGGAGCAGACUCUUUGGCGGCUAUGCCUGUCACACCUAAACAUGUCACACCUAUGCCUGUCACGCCUAAGCCUGUCACGCCUGUCACACCUGUCACGCCUGUGAUGCCAAGCACUCCAGUUGCCUCUUCUUCUAAUCGACAGUCCUCAAACUCAUCUCCAUCAGUUGGAUUUCAAGUCUCAAGGCCCAAGUUCUCAGAAUCUGCAGGAAAGAGAGCCGGACAAACAGAUACAACAUAUAAUGAUUAUUUGCAUGUAGAAAUGAAGCGUGCUAAACUGGAUAUGGAGAGGAUCCAAGCAGAGAAGGAGAAGAUCUAUCUUGAAAAACAGAAGCUUCAGUUAGAAAUUCUAAAGCUUCGGUUUGAACUUGAAGAAAAAACACAGGUGAAGGAAGUAGAUGUCAUUGACUUCACUAAUAUUGAAAUUUAAAUCAUCUUGUUUUUGCAGUUUAUUUUUUUUGUACAUUUGCAUUAUUUGCUGAUAAGUGCACAUUUCCGUAGUUGCUGCGACCUCAAAAGAACUCCAUUCUCCUUCUCUGCUUGGAAUCCUGUAUGAAUCUAUUG